AUGUCGAACCCAAUGGGUUACUUCAAAUGCUUUCUUACUUGCGCCACCCGGUUAUCUAACCGAAUGGACUACUUCCUCAAAGGCUUUCUUACUUGGUCCGUUCUUCUUCACGUUAUCCUUCUAUUGAUCCUACUGAAUGUUCGAUUGGAGACGUUGUUCGGAGACAAUACAAAGUCAGCGCCUGCAGCUGAGCAGUUCUUUGACUCAGAGUCCGACUGCCAGGCUGCACUUUACGAAAAUCCAGACAUUUUCAAAGCCCGCCAGAUCGAGAUCGACAUUCGCCCGCUGGCAGACGCACGCGGUGGCCGCAUCCGUAUCCCUGGGGUCUCCCUACGUCGGGAACUCUUCGACUUUGACGGCGCUGGUGCUGUCUGCGAGUGGAUUUCACGCCUCCCUUUCGGCCUUGCACAGACGACCAUCCAUAUCUACGCGCCUCCAGCAACUAGUUUUCCAGACGAACAACGCAGCGGAAAUGAACCCGCUAGCGCGAAAGCGGGACUGAUAAUUCUCUGGGACAGGAUAAAUAAACUCGUUGACAUGCUUGGACGAGUGGGAUCGGUCGAAAGCCUGGUUCUCAUGUUGCACUCCAAGGACCCCAAUGGACCAGGAGAUAACGAAUCCAAGAGCACAGGCUGGCACGGUUGCAGGAUUUCUGGCCGGGGUCGAAUCAGCCUCAACCUUCGCAAGCCUUUGCCUGAUUCUAGUCCUCCCUGGCUCGAGAAGCUAGUAAGCGAGACCAAAUUCCAUUUCGGAUUCCGCCGCACACUGUAUAACCAUGAAGUCGUCAUGUUGCCUUUCUGUCGACUGCGCAAUGUCCGACACCUGAGCGUGACACCGCCUCUUGAUCUCUCAUCCCCAUGGAUGUUCCUCAACUUCAGACUGUACCGUCUUGCGCUGUCCCAUUUCUUCAACAGCAACAAGCCCACCCCCGCCGCUCGGCUCGCCGGGGAACCUCGUGCAAUCCAUGUAGACCGCAUGCUCGAUAUAUUCGAGCGCCUUAUCACGGAGAUUAAUACCGCCUAUCACUUUUCACUGGAGGGUUUGGCUGAUGGCGUCGUGAAUGGGAUGGAGCGCGAUCUGCAUGGUCAGCUGAAGCGCAAGCUUCUUUGGCGCUCUGCCAUUUCGCAGGCCAUUUCGCAGACGGACGAAAAGACGGAAGAAAAGGCUGAAGGAAAGUAUAAGGGUGGGUAUAGAUGGAUUUGGCCGGAUGUUCUUGAUUGGGAUGCGGAGUGCUGA